ACUAGCCACACUCAAAAAGUACAAGGACUACACCGUUACUAAGUUGUGAGAUGUGGUUUAUCAGGAUUCUGGAAAGGAGCCUGUGUAGUGCCUUAAAAUCCAAUCUUCCUGGGAACCAGGAAGGACUGGAUUUUAGGGGGACUCCCAACACAGCUCGCCCUUCAGAAUAGUUCCCUGGCUGGUCCUCCGGGUUUGAGGCUCCCUCCUACUCCAAGGCAGGCUGGGGCCACGUGGCCCUGCCCCGCCCUUGCUGGCUCCAAUUCCUGAGUCAGAGCUGCAGUGGUGAGCCUUGCUCACCCUUCUCAUCGGAUAGGGAAGCCGUAGCCUCCCCUGUGCCCACAACUAGGCACCUGCUCCUGGGCCCUGGAGCUGCUGAAGGGUGGCAGCAAGCCUGAGGAGACUGCAUCCUGGCACACAAGCAGAGCCAGACUUCACACUGAGCAGCUGCGGUCGGAGGAAUCCGAGAAAGCGCCACCCAGCCCCGGAUUCCAGGGGCCUGCUGGGGCCUCUCGCCUUCCUCCUCCUCCGGAAGGAAGACCCCAAGGCCACAGUCUUGGGCCGGCUCAGGGGCUACCAUGGGCCUGGCUGCUGCCACGCCCCGGCUACCCUCCCCACUGCUAGGCAGAUAGGGAGCCUGGAGCAUUUGGCACCCCCUGCUGCCCAGCCCCGCCCUCGGGCCAGCCCUUGCUGACUUGGUGGCCACCUCUGCUCACCCGAGGCCAUGUAGGCCCCCCAAGCUCAGGCCUCUGUGGAUACAGCGCCGGGGACAGCGCCUCUGCUCUCAGAGGACCCAGCCCAUCACCAUGCCCCGGGGAUUCGUCUGGGUACACUAUCUUGGGAUCCUCCUGGGCAUGGCCUUGGGGAACGAGGGCCCGGAGGUGUGGCCUUUGGCCCACAGCAAGGACUGCAUGGUCACUGGCUUCCUGAGGGACAAGCUACAAUACAGGAAUCGGCUUCAGUACAUGAAACACUACUUCCCCAUCAACUACAGGAUUGGCGUGCCUUACGAGGGGGUGCUCAGAAUCGCCAACAUCACCAGGCUGAGAGCCCGGGUAAGCGAGCAGGAGCUGCGCUAUCUGUGGGUCCUGGUCAGUCUCAGUGCAGCUGAGUCGGUACAGGAAGUGCUGCUCGAGGGCCACCCAUCCUGGAAGUACCUGCAGGAGGUGCAGACGCUGCUGCUGACUGUCCAGCGGAGCCUCCUGGAUGUGGAGGUCAGCCCCAAGGUAGAGGCCGUGCUGUCCCUCCUCAACGCUCCCCCGCUCAGCCUCAAGCUGGUGCGGCCCAAAGCCCUGCUGGACAACUGCUUCAGGGUCAUGGAGCUGCUCUACUGCCCUUGCUGUAAGCGGAGCUCCGUACUGAACUGGCAGGACUGCGAGGCGCUGAACCCGCCGCCACCCCAUGGCCCUGAGCCCUCGCUGCAGUGUGCGGGCCCCCGGCUGUCCCCCACCUCCGUGCCCGGCCCUCCGGAUGCCCACGCGGGACGCCAGGCUCCCUGACGCCACUCCGGGCCUAAGACCGCCUGCCCUGGGCGGCCCGCGUGACUCAGUGGACUGGGCCCUGCGUGAUUCAGCUGGGGUGGUGGUCGUGGUGGGG